AUGAACUUCUCCCUGAUAGUUACUGUCAACACGGCGGACAUCGUUCCUCUGAAAGCGGCAGGUUUCAAGCUGUGCUUAGCGAAGAAGGUCGACGGCACGUUCAACAUUGUAUGGCGGAGUGGCGACUUCUCAAACCUCAACAAAUUCACUUGGAGCUCCAAGUAUCAAGUGUUCGGCUCUUUGGGGUAUCAUACGGAUGGAAAACCGGUGCAGCCGAACACACAGACCAUGGUAAUUCAAUCUGGCCAGACCGCGACAUUAGACAUCAUGGGCAUCAUGAACAACCCCAACGGCGCACCCGACAACUCGGGCACCUUCCGCGUCGAUAACCAGUUCGGCGCCCAGAUGAGCAUCGGCGUACGCGGGCUCCUGGACGGCACCUACGCACCCAUAUGCAUCACCCAGAACCCGCCCACGAGCCGGGUCGUGGGCGUCACGCCCGAGGAGGAGGUGCUCGUCUGGUUUGAUAGGACGCGCACUGCGGGCACGGUGCUGGUGGAGCCGAUCGCCGACUGUGUGAACAUCGAUUUCACCCGGGCGGUCUCGCGGUCUGUGACUUAUGCGCUCGGCGCCGCUGGCAGGGGUGUGUGGAUCCUCGACGGCCAGCUCGCGCUUUCCCGCACGUACGACGUGGGCACGAAUCGGUUCACGAUCGAGAAACCCACUCCUGCGCUUUUAUGGAAGAUGGCUGGCAUCCUCGCGGCGCCUCAGGACUCGGACUCCGAACCCCCUCAGGCUCGGGUGAAGGCUACGGCAUGGUUUGGGCCUGGGGGUGCGGGCGAGUUCGCGGACUAUCUCAGGGAUGCACGUUCGGACUGGGAUAUCAUCAGUGCGGGCGAGGCAACCGAAGUCAGGCUCAUCCCGGCCGACGAUGGGCCGAACGUCGAGGAGGCGAUCCGGACCUGUGAAGCCGCUUUCUUGGAGGCGUACCGGGGCUUCCAAGGCGAGCCUUACACGAAGCUCGCCUUCGAGGUCAUCAACCAGCAAGAAGACGAGCCUACCUUCAACGUCGCCACGGCCGCCGACGUGAGCACAGGUAGGGCCGUGUUCCGCUUCAGCAACAUCCCGAACGCGCAGUCGUUCGCGACGAAGACCGCGGCGUCCAGCGGCGCUGGGGUCACCCUCGCGGGCGCGCUGAAGGGCGUGGCAGUCAUCGUGACCGCCUCGUUCGACAACCCGACUGCGAACCCGGUGGCGGACCGCGCGAAGGUCAAGGCCAGUCUGGAUCAGCGCGUCGCGGUCUGGAAUGGAGAGGAUGCUAGUCACUCGUUAAUCUAUGCUGGGCCGCUCAUCUGGAAGGGGAAUUUGUGAUCGGGGGUGUGUAUGAUAACGCCACGCAUAAGACAGAAUUCAC